AUGGCUCGUAAUCGCCGAGCACGUAGGGAAACUCCUCCUAUUGAGGAUGAUGAACAGAUACCUAGGAGGUUUGCGGAUACUUUUGGGCAGUUCUUUCGACAGAUUGCUGCAGCGCUCCCCGGGUCACGUACCGACUACUCUGUGGAACGUGCUAGGAAGCAUGGGGCCCAGACUUUUGCUUCUGCCGCCUCACCUGUUGAGGCUCAGCGGUGGCUUGACAGGAUGGAGAGAGUUUUCUCCCAGAUGGACCUUCCAGAGGACAGGAAAGUGAAUUUGGCAGUACAGUUCAUUGAGGAUACCGCCUGGCAUUGGUGGACUGGUGUGGUCAAUGAUCCUGCAAAUGCUGGCCCGAUGACAUGGGAUAUGUUCAAGGCCUAUUUCUAUGGACGGUACUUUAGUGAUGCCCACCUUAAUCGGAUGCAGGACCAGUUUUUGAAUUUGAAGAAGAGAGAGGAUCAGUCAGUGUUAGAGUUUGAGCAGGAGUUUCUCUCCUUGGCUCACCAUAUGCCGGAUUUGGUUCGUACGGAGCAAAGUAAGAUUCGUAGAUUUGUCCAGGGACUUGGAGGAAAGUUUAAGGAUAAGAUGUUAGGCACACCGUACAAGAGUUUUGGUGAGGCAGUAUCUUAUGCCAUGGACAUUGAGUCGGACUCACCUGCUGGAUUUCACCCUAGGGAUCCUGGUGGCCCUAGCCAGGGUCCAUCUAAGAGGGCUACUUCCACAUCUGGUUCUGGUUCUUCAGUUGGUAGUGGAAAGAGCAGUGGUUCCAGUUCGAGGUCCCGUACUAGAUUCAGGGUACGGGACAGGAGAUCCUCACGUGGUCAGUUUAGUGGACGACAGUCUGGACAACUUGAGAGGUCCAAGAGUUAUCAUGGUGGUUCGAGUGGGGCUUCUACUAGCCAGUCAGCUCAGUUUGGGCAGUAUCAGACAGGGGGGUGUUUCAUGUGUGGUCAGCAGGAUCACUUCAGGAGGGACUGCCCUCUUUUGACUCAGGGAGCUAGAUCUACCCCCACUCAGACUGUUGGCCAGUCCUCUGUUGGCGGUUCUCCUAGUGGUGCCCGCACUAGCUCGGUAGGCCGAGCUGGUUCUCAGCAGACCAGGGGUCAGCGGGGUCGUCCUGUGACACAUGCUAGAUUGCACGCCAUGACCCAGCAGGAGGGCCGUGAUUCACCAAAGGCCAACCUAAUUCCUCUAAACCUUUUCGAGUUUGAUGUAAUUCUGGGGAUGGACUUUCUGGAGGCACAUGGUGCAUUGGUUGAUUGCUUCCGUAAAGAAGUAGUGUUUCGAAGUCUAGGAAAACCGGAAAUCACUUUCCGUGGUGAACGGAACAUUCUCUCCUCUUGCAUGAUUUCGGCCAUUACAACUGAAAAGCUUUUGAAUAAGGGUUGUCAGGCUUAUUUAGCACACAUUGUGGAUACAAAGUGGGAGGUGUUGAAUAUUGAGGAUAUUCCGGUGGUCAGGAAGUUUCCGGAUGUGUUUCCUGAUGAACUACCUGGUUUGCCUCCAGUAAGAGAAAUAGACUUUACCAUUGAAUUGCUCCCUGGUACUACACCUAUAUAUCAGGCACCUUAUAGAAUGGCCCCAGCUGAGCUGAAAGAGUUGAAGACCCAGUUACAGGAAUUGUUGGAUAAAGGUUUCAUUCGGCCAAGUGUGUCCCCUUGGGGUGCUCCGGUGCUUUUUGUUAAGAAGAAGGAUGGCACUUUGAGGUUGUGUAUUGAUUAUAGAAAAUUGAAUAAGGUCACAGUGAAGAACAAGUAUCCAUUACCAUGGAUUGAUGAUUUAUUUGAUCAAUUGCGGAGUGCCAAAGUCUUUUCUAAGAUUGAUUUGAGGACAGGUUAUCACCAGCUACGGAUAAGAGAGUCUGAUGUACCCAAGACCGCUUUCCGAUCACGUUAUGGUCAUUAUGAGUUUGUGGUGAUGCCUUUUGGAUUAACCAAUGCUCCUGCAGCCUUUAUGGAUCUCAUGAAUCGGGUAUUCCGUCAAUACUUGGACCGUUUUGUGAUUGUGUUUAUUGAUGACAUUCUGGUUUACUCCAAGAGUGAUGAGCUUCAUAUUAAGCAUUUGAAGCUAGUACUUUGGACUUUGAGGGAAGCUAGACUAUAUGCUAAGUUGAGUAAGUGUGAAUUCUGGUUUAACAGCAUAGGAUUCUUGGGUCAUGUGGUAUCAGCUGAAGGUAUUAGUGUGGACCCUCAAAAGGUGGAAGCGGUUUUGAAUUGGGGAAGACCCACCACGGUGACGGAAAUUCGAAGUUUCUUGGGUUUAGCUGGAUAUUAUCGGCGGUUCGUGCAGGAUUUCUCUAGACUUGCAGCCCCCCUCACUAAAUCAUCCAGGAAGGGCCAAUGUGGAGUUAAUUUGAAGAUUGAGAAUGGGUCUGGAGCAUUGAUAGCUAGCUUCCAUGUGAGGCCGAAUCUCAUUGAUAAGUGCGGGAGGCACAAGAUGAAGAUGAAUAUCUAA